AUGACGUCUUUGAGGGGUGAUGGACCCCUGGUGCAGGUGAAAGUGAAGGUUGUGGACAAUGCUGAUGCGGUGCUGAGGGCUGCAGAGGAACGUCAGCACAUGGACAGCGAGGAGCAGUGGACUGUGCUGAGUGGGGCAGCUGAAAGUCACAUUGAUGGCAGUGCCUCCGGGGCCUUGUCCAGCUCCAGGACGUUCUCCCUAUUGUCGCGACUUGGACUCUGCCGCACACCCUGUCUGGAUCUAGGCAUUGCUGAGGAGUGGUACUCAACAGCACCCAACAAGAAGGAAGACAAGCUGGUGUCCGUCAGCCUUGAGGUUGUUGGUGGCCUGGACCUCCACAUCCCACCUCCUUCCAAGCGGAACAAGCGGCUGCCCUCUCAUGAAGCGAUCGAGCUUGUGGCUGACAAGUGCAGGGUUGGCAGCAUUCCUCCCCCUGCUAUGCCAAUGCCCCAGCUUACCUACAACACUUAUGACACUCAAAGUUGGUCUGAAAGUUCGGUCCUCAAUGGUGGCGAGAUGACUGAGGAGGAUCAGCAGGCACUGAAGAGGCAGAAAAGGGCCAAGGAGGUCUAUGGCACCAGAUGGGCUGACAAGGUUGAUGCCAUUCGAAAGCAGUCACCUCAUGGCAGGAGGAAGGGCUGGCAGUUGAGAUGUGUUAUCGUCAAGUCAGGAGAUGACUGCAGGCAGGAACUUAUGGCUGUUCAGCUGAUUCGGUCAUUCCAAGACAUAUUUCACGAGGCCAAGCUCCCAUUGUGGCUUCGGCCUUACGAUGUCCUGGUGACCUCAAACAGAACGGCACUCAUCGAGUUCAUUCCUGAUGCGCUGUCGAUCCACACGAUCAAACAUCGCUCGAGACCUGGUACUUCUCUCAGCCAGCACUUCUUUGACAAGUUCCGGAAGGGCACACCAGAGUGUGCUACCGCGCAGCGUAAUUUUGUGGAGAGCAUGGCUGCGUACAGUCUCAUUUGCUACUUUUUGCAGAUCAAGGACCGCCACAACAGCAAUUUGAUGCUGGACGAUGAUGGCCACAUCAUCCACAUUGACUUUGGAUUCAUGUUAUCCAACUCUCCCGGUGGCGUUAAUUUUGAGUGUGCCCCAUUCAAGCUCACCCGUGAGUUUCUGGAAGUCAUGGAUUCCAAUUCUGAGGGCAAGGCGAGUGAACUGUUUGAUUAUUUUAAGGUUUUGUGCAUCAAGGGAUUCCUGGCCUCCCGCAAGCACUCCGACCGCAUCCUCUUGCUGUGUGAGAUGAUGUUGAAGUCUGGCUUCCCAUGCUUCAAGACUGCAGAGAGGUCGCUCAAGUCAUUAACCAAGCGGUUUCAGCUCAACUUGCCCGAGGAGCAGUGUGUCCAGUUUGUGCUGGGGCUCAUCAGCGACAGCCUGGAUGCCUGGAGGACAAGGCAGUACGACUAUUACCAGCGAGUCCUGAACGGCAUCUUAUAA